UGUCGCGACAUCAACCUGCGCAUAUGUCGCGACAGAGCGAACGCAGUCGCUUUGUAGCUUUUGUGUAGCUUUGUUUUUACAACAAACUGGGUCACUGUCGUCCACUUUUGCGAGGCUAAACAGCAGCUAGCGCGUUAGCUUGUAUUUACAAGAAUAAAUCCAAUAAGUAAGUUAGUGUCGCGACAAAACAACAUUCACAGUGUACUCAAAAGUGAUGUAGCCCGCUGUUAGAGGUCACAGGUGGUAGUUGUGGUUAAUGUAAUAUGCAGAGCAUGAGUGGACGGGACCAUUUUUCUUCAUCCAGGCCGCGGAUCCCCAGCUCGGUCUGAUGAAGGCGUGGAGGGACGGCGACUGCGAUGGAGGAGGGGAGGAAUGGGCCGAGGAGGUCGAGCUCACAAAGCAAGCUGUGGAGGCCGUAAACCAGCUCCGACCCAGGCCAAGGUUCGUGGUGCUCUGUGGCGACCUGGUCCAUGCCAUGCCAGACACUCCAUUCAGAGAAGGCCAGGAGCGAGACCUGAAGGCAGUCUUGAAGGGGACGGAUCCCACCAUCCCGUUGGUAUUUGUCAGUGGGAACCAUGACCUGGGCAACACCCCCACCCCCAGGACAGUGGAGCAGUACUGCAGUGCAUGGGGGAAUGACUACUUCAGCUUCUGGGUGGGUGGUGUCCUCUGCCUGGUUCUGAACUCCCAGUUGUUCUAUGACGCCUCAGCCUGCCCUCAGCUCAAAGAGGCCCAGGAGACGUGGCUGGAGGAGCAGCUGAGCAGAGCCUCCUCCUCAAAGGAACCCAAACCCAAACACGUCCUGGUGUUCCAGCACAUUCCUCUGUACCUAAAGACCCCCGAUGAGGAGGAUGACUACUUCAACCUGCAGAAGACAGUCCGACAAAACCUGCUGGACAGGUUCAAGAAGGCAGGGGUGAAAGCGGUCUUCUCCGGCCAUUAUCACCGAAACGCAGGCGGUUGCCACGGCGGCCUGGACAUGGUCGUGAGCUCGGCCAUCGGCUGCCAGCUCGGCGAGGACACCCACGGCGUCAGAGUGGUGGUAGUGACCGCCGACGAUGUCAUCCACCGCUAUCACAGCUUAGAGCAGCUGAGAGCGGGAGGCAUGGACGAGGAUCUCAGGAAGCUCCUGCAGGCCUGAGUGCCAGAGCAGGGGAACAUCAGGGAAAAACUUGGCUUGUCAACAGUCACAAGCUCUGUUUGAUUUGUUAUUAACUGUUUUGAUUUCAUUUCAUUUUACAGUUUUGAGCCCCUCUUUCAACAAGGUUUUUAGAGAGUGACAUAUUGAUCGUCAUCAUCAUAAUUUUUGAAUAUAUAAUAUAUUAAAGAGUAGUAUAUUAAGUUGCACAUCAACACCGACCACACAUUAUAAAAUGAACAGAGUCUUUUGAUAUUUUUAUUUUCCCUCUCUGCUGAAUGUUUUCAUAGGACCACCUAUUGACGGAGUGGAUGUUAUUAUCUCUACCACAGUUGCCAUAAAAGCGGCACACAAAGAUCUUUGAAUGUUUUUUAAAACUUGCGACUCUUUCGUGGAGAAGCACAACUGUACGGCACAGAUCAAAAGGGGACUGAGCCUCGUUCUGUCUGUGCAGUUAAAUGUCAAAAGUUUAAGACAGUAUGUUGUGUUAAUGUCAGAUAAUCUCUGUGAAACUUCAAAUGUAUCCAGACUUUUAACGUUGAAGGAAGAUUCCACCUUAAACAUUGAAACCUCAUUCUAAACAGCUGCUUCAGCUGCUCUCUGUAUUUCAGCGUUUUGCUGUUUGGUGACACAGUUUUCUUGUUUCUGUAGGUAACCGUGGUAACUGUGCAAAGAGAAACUCAUACAAGAGGAAGAGAAAGGAGCUUCGGCUUGUUUUGCUAAAUUCACUUUAGAGGCUGUCAAACCGCAUCUUGGGAGAUGUAGACAAAUCACUAAGAUAAAUAACAUUUAUUUGAGACAACGUGUGGUUGAUGAUACAUUUCAGCCCUUUAUCCCAGAACAACACUGGGCUGCACUGAAUAUUUUCUAGUAUUAAAGGGUGGAAUCUUCCUUUAAUGAUGUGAAAAUGUUCAGCUGUCAUAUCGUCUACAGUGUUUUCUGUUGCUGACUUGUUGACUUGAUGACUUGUUGGCCAUCCUAUGCAAACUAUUCAUGUCUCCAUAUUGUGUGUGUUUUCAUGUGGUACAUCGUUUAACUAACCUGGAAAUGUGGGACUAGUUGACACUAUUCUUAAUCCAUAAUACUUAUAGCAAACUAAAAAUGAAUUGAGCCGUGGUUGAUGAAUUACUAAAACGGAUCCACUGUAAAGAAAUGAUUGUUGUAAUGUUUUGUAGAAGCAUUUUUAAUGAGAUAUUCUGUCUAUGGCAAAUACACUACCUUUCCUGUUACUCCUUCACAAUAAAAGCCUGUUGCACACUUUUAAUGUGAAACCACAGCAUUCAAAGUAGCAAUACAGCUCUGAUAGGAGUAUAGGAGAGUAACCGGUGACGCUCGAGUACAUGUAUGAUUGCUUAUGAAUCCCCUGUGCAUGUGGAGGGAAUCUGAAGCCAGAGCAGCAAUGGCGGACCCCACCACAGAAUGUACACACAGUGAAUGACUCUCGCUGAAAAGAUGGGACCUUAAAUAACAUCAAAACUUUGAUUUUAUGUCAUAAAAAAGCUCAAGGAUUACAACUUUAAUAUCUUUGAGCAGCAUUGCAGAGCUCAUUUGUGCCCAAGUCCAUUACUCUCGCGUUCCUCCAAUAGAGAUAAAUUGCUAACGGGCUCAUGUUGCAAUAUCCAUUUGGUUUCUUCUAGUUACUUGUUUAUGAACGCGUAGAUCAAACUGACUGCCUACCCCCUCACUGUGAUGUUUUUUUGAUGAAAAUAUUUUAUCAUUGGUUCGGAGUUUAAAUCAAAAUUUAUGAUGCAGCACUUUACAUUCAAAUCACACCUAAUCGGUUUAAUCUGUUCGGGAUCUGUGCUGCGAACUCGGCACAGUGCUGGAGUGCAUAAUAUGAAGAAGGUGUGAUGGUGCUGUUAAUGGAAAACUAAAGGAUUGGUGUCAGGCUGAUGAAACGUGGUGGUGGUGAUGGGAUUUGUUGGUGAUUAAUGGGAAGAGUGCAGUAUUUCCUGACUGUUUAGUCAUAGUUGAAUCAGCCUCGCAGUGUCACAGCCUACUAUCUGCAGGCUUAUUUGGGAGCUCACAGUCCUGAAAUUGUCUUUAAAAUGGACAUUACUGCAACAGAAUGACUUUCUCUGUGAGCUCUAAAUGACUCUACUAGAUUACACUUUUGCACACACACAGACUCUCACACUUGCCCUGACCGACUGGGAAUUUAAGAGAGUUGUCAUGGCAACCCUUUAGCAACACAUCUGUGUGUCUCUGCAAGUGUUGGAGAGAAAGUGUACGUACUGGUCUUUGUGUGUGUGUGUGUCUGUCCGUGGUCUGGUGGGUUCUGUAGGUGAUUUUCCGUCAGCGAUGCGAUCACUGACCUCAUUUCACACUGACGGAUUCUGUCCGGUUUCCAAAAAGUCAGCAUGUGAUGGAGGGAGGAGGGGGCGUCUGAGAGGAGUGGAUAAUGAGUGUAAUGUGUGAAAGACGACUCAGUCCAUCUCCUUCAUUUCCUGUUUGAGAAGGAACCUUAUGUCCUUAUCUAUUUUUAUAUCCUCAUGGUAGCCGAGCUCAAUCACAUUGUUCUUUAUCUUUUUUGUGUGUGUGAUUUGUUUUAGAGCACGUUUGCUCUA